AUGAAUAAUUAACAAACAAUUUCAAAUAACUCCAUGGGACUAGAGGAUGAAUCAUAUAAACAAGAGGAGGAUGAAGAUUUAGAAUAAUACACGAAACAAUAAAACCUAAAAUAACUAUUAAAGAACUCAGAUUCUUUAAUGUAACAGAUCAAUUUAUUGAAUGAAUAGGCAACUGUUAAAAUUAAAUAGCAGAAAUACAAAGAGGCUUUGAAAUUGCUAUAAUAAUCCGAAUAGAUGUUAGAAUUUGCUGCAAGUUGUGGCAGAGUUAUUGAUAGAAACCUAAUUAUAAUAAUUCUAUAUAAUUAAGCCUGUGCUUAUCAAUGCUAAUGGGUUUUGGAUAAAUGUUCUAAAUAUUUGGAUGGUGUUAUCUAUAACAUGGAAUUAGCCAUUAAGGAGGACGAGCAAGAUUUAGAGAACUUUGCCACUGCUCAAGAGAAGUAAGCACAGUUAGUGAAGAGAUAGACUUUUCUAGCUAAAGCUUAUUUACAAUAUACAGCCAUUUUAAGUUAAAUGGGAAAGUAAGCUUCAAAACUAAUAAAACAUAGGCAUAACAAGGCACUUCUCAAUUCAUAGAAGGCAGCAACCACAAUGAGAGAGUUAUUCAAGAUAGCGAAUCACUUCUGUUAAUCUUGGUCGUAGAACAACGGAUCUUUAGGAACUGCCACUACUUCAUAAUCAAAUAUUUCAGUCAGAAGCAAUCAAUAAGAAUAGCAAUAACAAGAUUAAGACAAAUAGAAGAAAACACAGAAGUACUAGAUGAAGGAUGAAAUUGAAUUUGGCAGGUUGGUGAUUGAUGGAGCAAAAGAUAUAUUGAAGGAUAUGAUAAGAUAAGUCGAUCUUGAAAAAAUCCCAGUGAAUGAGAAACAGUUAUUGAAGGAAGCUAAAAAGUAGUUAUAUUUUUGGAGGAAUAAUCCAGAAAAUAAUGAGAAGCAUUUGAGAAAAGAAUUAAAAUUAGUAUCUCAAAAUGAGGAAUAUCGAUCAUUAUUAGGGAUUUAGAAUUUGGCUGAGUGGAUCAAGAAUUUCAAUAUUGGAUCUAUCAUGCAUAUGGAACCGUAAGUUUAUGAUGAUUUCACUCAGUUUGGUGAGAUGAUUUAUGAAUUAGCUAAAAGAUAAAUCCUAGAAAAAGUAAUCUACUUUUCGAUUUCAUACUUUACUAUUGCAACUGAAUUAAGAUUCAUGGAAUUAGAAAAAGCUAAGUAAAUAGGUGUGAAGGAAGACAAAAUAGAUACUGAAGAGUUUAAAUUAAGUGAAAUGUACCACUUAAAAGCAAUUGAAAUAGCCUGUAGACAUAUAACUACUUAAUCUCCUUACAUCAGUCAUCUAAUAACUAGUUAUCACAAACAUUAUAAUAUAAAUUUGGAUGUAAUAAAAGAAGAAUCCAUAUUAUCCAGUACUUCUGAAAAACAACCUGCUUUUUUGUAAAAUUCAGAAACCUCUUCAACAUCGAAACAUAAUUAAAAGAUAUAAAUCCCAAUCAACAACAAUUAUAAAUAAAAUGCUAAAUAGGAUUAAUCUCCUAAAUUAACUAAUAAUUUCAUUACUACAUUUUUGAAUUCCAGAUCUCCUCCAAAAACACAAUAGCAAUCACAAAUUAAGACUAUUAUUAAGAAUUAAGCUGAUUUGAUUGAAUAGAUGAUUAAUCAAAAGAGAGGAUCUGAUCACUCGCCCACAAAUUAAAGAAAUAAUCUCAAAUAAUAAAACUAAGGACAAUUCGAUUUCAGUAUUUAUCUUAAGAAAUAGUCUAAUCCCUGUAAUACUAGCAAUAGCAAUAUCAAUUCCACCUAAGACUUCAUUAAUAGCACCAUGACUAUUUAAUUACAACCUCAUAAGAAUAACCCUAAUCUCAGAUCAAAUCCUACUUAAUAAUAAAGUCCCACAAAUAACAGCAAUUAAUUGAAAUCCUUACUUUCUGAUGUUUGUAGAACUGAAAGACAGACUGCAAUCGAGAAAUAGAACUCGCACACUCCUAUUAGUUAUAGAGUAAAUAACCGAUCUCCAGAUUCUUCCUAUAUCAAUUCUUAAAAACUAAAAUAAUAGCAAGGCCAUUAAAAUAAAACACCUUAGAAUCGCCCUAGAACAAAUACAGAAUAAUAGUAGACAUGUUUUCCAUUUAAGUUCGAGACCAUUCAAUCGUUACUGAGAAAUAAAGGAAACAUUUUAAAAUAAAAGUGA